AUGUGGAACCCCCUUUCAUGGGUGAUGGAAAUGGCUUCCAUCAUGGCCAUUGCCUUGGCCAUCGGCAGUGGAAAACCCCCAGACUGGCAAGACUUUGUCGGUAUUGUAGUGCUGCUCGUGAUAAACUCCACCAUCAGUUUCAUUGAAGAAAACAAUGCUGACAAUGCUGUUGCUGUGCUGCAGCUCUUAUGGCUGGCCUGGCUCCAAAAACGAAGGUGCUCAGAGAGUCAGAGUGGUAAGAUUGUAUUUGUUUUGCCCUUUUUUGAAAGAGUGUGUUUUGAAGGACCCUUAGAAUUUGUGAGACAUUGAG